CGGCCGCGGGAGGCCUUCCUGGGCUCCGCGAGGUCGAUAGAGGCCUCAUCUAAGCCGCGCCACAAGAAUUCGAAAUAAUAGCCCAACCUAGCGGUUGACAAAUGUAUAUUUAAACCGCCCUCUUUUCCCCCUGCCUUGUCAGACAUGCCCAACUCCAAGCAGCCUCAACCGUUCCUCGAAGCACCUAUCAGUUACCUAGCAUUUAAAAGUUCUAUUUCACAAUGGUGUCGGACCUUAGCAAACAACUGCAAUCCAUGGCGAUAUCCAAUAUUGUACCGCCCGAGCACCUGCUAUUCGACCCGUCGCCGGAGCAGCAUGACAUCCGUCAGGGGCUAGAAGACGUUCCGCCCUAUCUGUUCCACGUCCAUCACGACAGAAGCGUCUGCAAAGUCGACCAUGACUGGGCCAAGUCCAUGGAUGCAUGCGCCACGGCUGCGCAGUCGCAAGCAAGUGCGCAGCAAGACCUCCUCUGCCGUGACAACAGAGAGGUGGAAGGCAUCCUCAACAAGCACCUGAGAUGGCGGGAAACGACGCCAGGGAGCGCAAACCUUGUGUCCUGGACGAGCUCGCUGCUAUAUGCGCUCCGGUAUAUAUGCCAGCUCCACUACCGAGGCUCGAGGGAUUCAAAAUCGGUUACAUUCCUGCCGAUGCCGCUCGAGAACAUACACCUUUGCGUCGUCCGCACCAAGGACUUCGAAAAGGGGGUUUUUAUCAGGGACUCGUAUCUGAUCAAGCACUACAAAGAAUACUCCCCACUCGAUUGCGGCGAUGAUCUCGCGUACUUUGACAAACUGCGGCACCAAGUCCGAGACAACUACUACUUUGGCGAGUUCCUGUCGCAGGGUGCGCUCAAGAUCACGGACAGGUGCGAGACGGUGUGCGCGAUGCAGCUCAAGGACGCCGGCCUGUUCGAUUGUAUCCUGCCGUCCAUGGAUUCAGUCCACCAAGACACCGACCGCAUCAUGCCCCCCAUGUGCCCUACCAAUACGAAGAAGCAUUGGGCCAAGUGGGUGUUAGACGAUCGGAAGCGAUGGGACCAGCAUCCAGCUAGUGAGGAUCUCUCCGAGGACAAGCAGCGGGUCGUGGCUAGGAUUGCAGCACUGUUCGGCCAGUUCUCUGCCCCGAUGGCUGCUGCCAUCCUUUGCCUGAGGCCAAGGAACAUCAAUGACGAGAGGCUGGCCAGGAUCGUGAAGAGCGCGGGCAGCUUCCCAACAGACAUGUUCACCCGGUGCUCCACCUCCAACUCGCGCGGUAUCCCCGUCGACAACCUAAUGCCCGAGCUCCUGCAGUUCGAGGCCUUAAUGUUGGAAAUCGCGCGCGGGGUGAAUAAUGAGUAGCUUCUUGGCAGGAUCGGUCAAAUUCUGCAGGUUCUUCAGCGACAGGGGUCGUAACCUCGCCUUCUCGCGACGGUUUUGUCGUUUGGCGACAAACAUGAAUAACAUCAGAUUCGUCGGUGGGGACCUCGACCAGAAACGGAGGAUGCUGGCGGCUUUUUUGCCUGGGCCAGCUGGCGGUUCUACAAGCUGUCUGAGCUGAAGGCUGUCGCGGAGGCUUGACGCUGGGAGGUAUAUGACAACAGGCUGGCAAUUUAACAGCUGAGUCUCGAGGGGGCUACAGUUUGUCUGCUAUUAGGCCUCUAGGAAUAACACGCAAUAGAUAGAGAUAACUAUUGGGAGAUAAUAGUAUGGUAUUUUUAUAACUA